ACCCUCGGCCCCUUUCUCUCCUAGAACGCUUCGGACAUGCCAGAGACCAUCACCAGCCGAGACGCGGCUCGUUUUCCUAUCGUUGCCAGCUGCACCCUCCUAGGACUCUAUCUCUUCUUCAAAGACGCCCAGCUGCACAUGUUAGCCUGCGGAAGAAGAAUGAGCUUUCUCAAGGAGCGUCUGGAUGCCCACAUGGGUUCUCAUUUUCAGAGGGAAAGCGAGAUCUUCUCCCAAGAAUAUAUCAAUCUGUUGCUCUCCAUGUAUUUCUUCGUCCUUGGGAUCCUUGCGCUGUCCCACACCAUCAGCCCCAUGAUGAAUAAAUUUUUCCCAGCCAACUUUCCCAACAAGCAGUAUCAACUCCUUUUUACUCAAGGCUCCGGAGAAGCAAAGGAAGGUAAGUUUGCUCCCUUCUUCAGCCAAAGCUUGGAGAGUCUUCUCU